AGUGUUGCUGCUGGUUGGAUGCUCCGUGGCCUGUGUUCCUCCAGCUGCACACCGCGUUAUCUCUGACUGCAGCAUCGGAACUGUCUCCGAGCUCCUGAAGCUGCUCCUCCUCCUCCUCUCUCUCGCUGAAGAUUGAGCUUCACCCCGGACUGCAAUUUCUUCCCCUGUGCAACAUCUGUGAGCGCAGCACUCUCUUUUCUCACCCACACCCUUUCCCGUUUCUUCUCUCAUCUCGGGAUUAAACUGUCGGUUUGCAGGAAGUGAAGGGAAGGGAGGUGAAUUCCGAAAAUGUCUCUCAGUCGGCAAGCACAUGCCAGAUGCAGUUCAAUGUGAGGUGAAAGACUUCUGAUGUGAAAAAGACAGGGGGAGCAUUGUUAACAUGGUGGUGUACGGGAUGCACAAAAAGUCCAGUCAAUGAAAGUCGUCAGACAGGUGCAGCAAGCGAUGAGAAAGGCAAGUGGUAUAUUUCUGAAGAAGGGUCUAGGCCCGAAACGUCAGCUUUCCUGCUCCUCUGAUGCUGCUUGGCCUGCAGUGUUCAUCCAGCUCCACACCUUGUUACCUCGUGUUUUCCAGCAUCUGCAGUUCCUACUAUCUCUGGGGAGGAUUCGCAGACAGAAACACCUGCCCAACCAACUGGCAUGUCAAGAUUUGCCAGAGUAAUCUGGCGGAAUCCAGGAGUAGGAAUGUUUGUCUGAUCGUGUGUGGAGCAUCUGGAAAAUAGCACUAACACACACCUCCAGUGAGUGUAGACUGCGUAAAGAACGCUAACCCAGCCCGAAGAGACAUCAGAGAAUUCACAGCGAGGAGAGACUCGGGAUGUGAAUAAGGCUGUGAAGCUGGGCAGGCACUGGGCCAUGGAGAAACCGUGGAAGUGUGCGGACUGUGGGAAAGGGUUCCUCUCCCCGUCUGCACUGGAGACCCACCGGCGCGUUCACACUGGGGAGAGGCCGUUCACCUGCUCCACCUGUGCUAAGGGCUUUGCCCAGCUGUGCAGCCUGCUCUCACACCAGCGGGUCCACACGGGGGACAGGCCGUAUACCUGCUCCGUGUGCGGGAAGGGCUUCGCACACUCGUCCGCCGUGCAACGCCACCAGCGACUCCACACCGGGGAGAGGCCGUUCACCUGCCCAGUGUGUGGGAAGGGCUUCAAUCAGUCAUGCAGCCUGCAGUCACACCAGAGGGUCCACACCGGGGAGAGGCCGUACUCCUGCCCCGUGUGCGGGAAGGGCUUCACCCACUCCUCUGCCAUGCUGAGGCACCGGAGGAUCCACACCGGGGAGAGGCCGUACACCUGCGGCCUGUGCGGGAAGGGAUUCGGCCAGCUGUGCAGCCUGCAAACCCACCGGAGGGUCCACACGGGCGAGAGGCCUUACGCCUGCCCCAAGUGCGGGAGGGAAUUCAGUGACUCGUCCGCCCUGCUGAAGCACCGGCGAAGCCACAGCGGGAAGCGACCCUACGCCUGCUCUGACUGCGGGAAGGGCUUCAUCCAGUCCUCCCACCUGCAGAGGCACCAGCGGGUCCAUACCGGGGAGAGGCCGUUCUCCUGCUCCGAGUGCGGGAAGGGCUUCAUCCAGUCCUCCCACCUGCAGAGGCACCAGCGGGUCCAUACCGGGGAGAGGCCGUUCUCCUGCUCCGAGUGCGGGAAGGGCUUCACUCGCUCCUCCCACCUGCAGAGGCACCAGCGGGUCCAUACCGGGGAGAGGCCGUUCUCCUGCUCCGAGUGCGGGAAGGGCUUCACUCGCUCCUCCCACCUGCAGAGGCACCAGCGGGUCCAUAGAGGGGAGAGGCCGUUCUCCUGCUCCGAGUGCGGGAAGGGCUUCACUCGCUCCUCCCACCUGCAGAGGCACCAGCGGGUGCACACUGGAAGGAAACCAUGGAAAUGUUGGGUCUGUGGGAAGGGAUUUAGUUUCUCAUCUGCAUUGGAAACGCAUCGAAAUGUUCACACCGGGGAGAGGCCUUUCACCUGCUCCAUGUGCGGGAAGGGUUUCACUCAGUCCUCCAGCUUGCUGAAACACCAGCGGGUCCACACCGGGGAGAAGCCGUUCACCUGCUCCGUGUGCGGGAAGGGCUUCACCCAGUCGUCCAACCUGCUGAGGCACCAGCAAGUCCACACGGGGGAGAGGCCGUUCGCCUGCUCGGAGUGCGGGAAGGCGUUCACGCAGGCGUCCAACCUGCUGAGGCACCAGCGCGACCACACGGGCGAGAGGCCCUUCACCUGCUCCGAGUGCGGGAAGGGCUUCACCCAGUCGUCGCAUCUCCUCAACCACAGGCGGGUCCACACCGGUGAGAGGCCGUUCACCUGCUCCGAAUGCGGGAAGACGUUCACCCAGGCGUCCAACCUGCUGAUGCACCAGCGCGCUCACAGUGGGGAGAGGCCAUUUACCUGCUCCGUGUGUGACAAGGGUUUUAAUGACUCUUCCACCCUUCUGAGGCACCAGAGGAUCCACACAGGGGAGAAGCCAUUCACCUGCUGUCAGUGUGGGAAGGCGUUCAUUCAUUCGUCUAACCUACUGCGACACCAGAGAGGGCACAAGUGAUGGCGUUGGGGGUGGGGAUUGGAUUCAGCUGUGAGUUGCAUCCAGGACUGACCCAUUUUCGUUCCGACAUCGGGAGGGGGCCGGAGGGUUUUCCUUUCGGUUCAGGCCAUUCAGCCCAUCGGGUCCACACCGACCCUCCGAAGAGCCUCCCCUCCUUACCCCGUCCCUGUAACCCCGCGUUUCCCAUGGCUAACCCCACCUAGUCUGCACAUUGCUGGACGGGCACUAUGGGGCAGCUUAGCACUGGGGAGGGGAUGGCCUAAUGGUAUCGUGGCUGGACUGUUAAUCCAGAGACCCUGAAAAUGUUCCAGGAAGCUGGAAUCGAAUCCCACCACAAGCAGAUGGUGGAAUUUGAAUUCAGUGAAUAUCUGGAAUUUAGAUAUUAAUUCCAGUACCAAUUGUCAGGAAAAACCCAUCUGGUUCACUAAAAGCCCUUUGGGGAAGGAAACUGCUGUCCUCACCUGGUCUGGCCUACAUGUGACUCCAGACCUACAGCAAUGUGUUUGACUCUGAUCUGCCCCCUGGGCAAUUAGGGAUGGGCAGUAAAUGCUGAUCUAGCCAGUAACACCCUCAUCCUGUGAAUGAAUAAAGACAGUCCACCCUAGCCUGCACAUCUUUGGACUGUGGGAGGAAACCGGAGCACCCGGAGGAAACCCAUGCAGACACGGGGAGAAUGUGCAAACUCCACACAGACAGUUGCCCGAGACUGGAAUCGAACCUGGGUCCCUGGAGCUGUGAGGCUGCAGUGCUAACCACUGAGCCACCGUGCUGCCUGCUUUGAGCCCAGGGCUGCACAUUUCCACUGAAAUGAUGCACAGAAGCUGAGGAGGGGUAUAUAUUUCAUCCUGGGUGGGAGACAGCAUUCUCCCUCCUGCAAUUAGCCAGUCUAAAAUAAAUGCAUUUGUACAUUUUGUGCAAAAGGAAGAACAAUAUGGAUUGGGACAAUGAGGGCUUGGAAUGAAAUAAUACUCCGUGGGAGCUACCAGCAAGAUGGGACUGGGGUGAAGGUAGAGCUGGAAAAUCUUUCACGUUCGUGCUUCGUCUGUGACUUGAAGCUGUUUGUGUGUAACUGCGAGCUCUUGACACUCAUUCAGGAGGAGAAAAGGUCGAGUGGACGUGACCCCACGCAGGGCUGGAAGUGAACUGGAGAAUGACAGAGGGAAUCUGAAUGAGAGUCAGUGUGAGAACUGCUCUCCCCCUUUCAGGGUCCUUGGCACCGGCUUUGUCAGUCGGAAACAUCGAUUCUCUCUGUGUCUCUCUCUCUCUCUCUCACACACACACACACUCACACACACACUCACACUGUCUCUCUCUCUCUUACACUCACACACACUCACUGUCUCUCUCGCUCUCUCUCUCGCGCUCUCUCUCUCUCUCUCUCUCUCUCGCUCUCGCUCUCUCUCUCACACACACACUCACACUGUCUCUCUCUCUCUCACACACACACACACUCACUGUCUCUCUCUCUCUCACACACACACACACACACACACACACACACACACACACACA